UCUAAAUCUAAAAGCUGGAUUUUAACAAAAACAGAUGCAAGACAAAAUAAAAUGGCUGAAAAGUUCGAAGCUUUAGAACAGCAACUUGAAUUGUUUAUUGAAAAUACACGGCAAAUGGGUAUAAUGGUUGGUGACUUUCAACCACAAGGGCAGACUGUUUUAAAUCAAAAAAUACAAACCAUGGUAACAGAAAUGAAUGAGAUUGACAAACUUCGUACUCAAAUUCUGGAUGUACAAGUACCCCUUGAAGUAUUUGACUAUAUUGAUCAGGGUAGAAAUCCUAACCUUUACACCAAAGACUGCUUAGAAAAAGCUUUGGCCAAAAAUGAGCAAGUAAAGGGAAAAACUGAUAAUUUGAAGAGGUUUAAAGCUAUGCUGCUGCUUGAAUUGUCUAAAGUGUUUCCAUCUGAAAUGGAUAUGUACAGAGCUUUAAAGCAAGGCAGGGGCCCAACAUAACUUUCAAGCAUUCAGAAAUUAUACUCAUGUUUAUAAAACUUGAUAUUUCCUGACAACCUUUGGAGAAUUCAGUGAAGUUACUUGACCAGAAGGUUUGAGUGAACAUUCACUCCCUAAUAAACACAAUAUGGACUCUGGUAUGGUUAUUUCUACUCAUGUCCCAUGCAUUCUUU